CCCCCCCCCUCUUCCCCCUUUCCCCGCGAGUGCCUCUCCUUCCCCUCCCCCCCUUCGGAGCACACGCCCUUCACACAAAGUAGCAUCAACCAUGUCCGUCAAUAUCAACCGUCAGAUCGACGACAUGUUCUACCGGUACAAGAUGCCCAAGCUCACGUCUCGCGUGACUGGCUCCGGUAACGGCAUCAAGACCCUCCUGACGAACGUCGUCGAGGUUGCUCGCGCUCUCGAGCGCCCGCCCGCCUACAUUACCAAGUUCUUCGGCGGCGAGCUCGGUGCCCAGACCUCCAUCGAUGAGAAGACCGCCCGGUACAUCGUCAACGGCGCUCACCAGACUUCCAAACUGGCCGACAUCCUGGACAUUUUCAUCAAGCGCUUCGUCCUGUGCCCCUCUUGCUCCAACCCCGAGACCGCUGUUACGAUCACCCGCAAGGGCGAGAUCUUCCUUGCUUGCAAGGCCUGCGGCUCGCGCAACAUGAUCGACAUGACCCAUCGCCUGGUCCCCUACAUCCUGCGCAACCCGCCUGAUGGUGCCAGCGAUGACACCCUCACUUCCUCUUCCGCCGGCAAGGAGAAGAAGCGCUCGUCCAAGUCCAAGGGCGAGACCGAGGAGGAGCGCCAGGCCCAGCGCCAGGCCCGGCGUGACGCCGCGCGCGCCCUGCGUGCCGGCGCCGCCGACGCCAAGGCCUCCGAGGACGCCGAGGACACCAAGGACGACCUGGAGACCACCGCCGGGUCCCCUGCCCUCAUCAACACCUGAGCCACACGCCGCUGCCGCCUCUCGGCAGGCGCCUGGUGCUGGACCCCGAGGGCCGACCGCGUCGAGCACUUGCUGUGUGCUGUUGCCGGUUGCUCCCCCCCCCCCCCGCCUCGGCCCAUGGAUGUCGCGUUGAUGGUUGUCAGCCACAUUUCCCCCCCACC